UAUAAGAUAUUUUAAAAAGAAAUAUUUUAUAAACGUUUCUAAUGAAUGAUCGUUUUGAUGUAUUUACAUUAUAUAUAUUUCUUUAAUAAAAGAAAAUGUUACUGACAUUGCGACCAGAUCAUAAAAAACAUGUAUUAUUUCUUAUUGAACAAACACCUCAAGUGUUGCAGGAUUUUUGCAAACUUGCAUUAGAUUAUUUACAAAAAGGUCCUAAUAUGAAAUUGUAUCAUGGGGCAGCUCAAAAACUUGAAGUAGAAGUGGAUAUUAUUAAAAAUUCGGUAGAAGGUCUCGUUAAUUUAUUAUUAGAGAGUUGCAAUCAUAAGCUAAGUAACGAAGAUUUUCGAGAUUCUAUUAUAGCAUUAGGUUUUUCUGAAGAAAAUGAAACUAUUUUAAGUAAACUUUAUACUACAAAGAAAAAAGAAAUAUCCAAUAUUUUAUCAAUUACUGGUUUUAAAUUACCAGAAUAUCAUGAUCUUGAAUGGCGUUUUGAAGUACAGACUGCUUCAAGGACAUUGUUAAAACAAGUUUCACCAUUAAUUACAUUAGAUUUGACGUUGAAAAAUAAUGAAAACCUGGAACAUGUCUUACUUCAAACAGAUCCUGUCAAUUUAAUACACAUGGCUCAAGAAUUAAACGAAGCUUUGAAGGAAGGUUACAGUCAACACACUCGUCAAGUUUCUAGAGCAACAAAAUAAAUUUAAAUUUAUUAUUAUAAAUCUAUAAAAAAAAAGAAUUACCUAUUAUUUUCUCUAAUUUUGGCACAAAUAGGAAAUAAAAUAUUAGCUCAGAUAUUAGGUACAAUUGGUCCUCAAUUUGCACAUCAAAAGAUGCGAUUUACUAAUCAAACGGUUGCCGAUAAAGUACCUCCAGAAAUGUUGCAUUUAAUUGAUCCUCAUUGGUAUCAAUUCCCACCAUUGGAUCCAUUGUGGCAUAAAAUAUUAGGCUUAGUUAUGAUCGUAGUUGGACUUUUGGGAUGGUGUGGGAAUGGUGUUGUUGUAUAUGUAUUCCUGAUGACACGAUCAUUAAGAACACCUAGUAAUUUACUCGUAGUAAACUUGGCUUUUUCAGACUUCAUAAUGAUGAUUAUAAUGUCACCACCUAUGGUAAUCAAUUGCUAUUUUGAAACUUGGGUCUUAGGAACAUUAAUGUGUGAUAUCUACGCUAUGGUUGGUUCUUUAUGUGGAUGUGCAUCGAUAUGGACAAUGACUGCUAUUGCUUUAGAUCGAUACAACGUUAUAGUAAAGGGUAUGUCUGGUACACCUUUAACUAUUAAAAGAGCCAUAUUACAAAUUAUCAUUAUAUGGCUAUUUGGAUUAGUAUGGACAAUUUUACCAAUGGUAGGAUGGAAUAGGUAUGUACCGGAAGGUAAUAUGACGUCAUGUGGUACAGAUUAUCUUUCUAAAGAUUGGGGAUCUAAAUCUUAUAUAUUGGUGUAUUCAGUAUUUGUUUAUUAUAUACCAUUAUUUACCAUUAUCUAUAGUUAUUAUUUUAUUGUUUCAACUGUAGCAGCUCAUGAAAAAGCUAUGAAAGAACAAGCUAAGAAAAUGAAUGUUGCCUCAUUAAGAUCUGGUGAUAAUCAAUCUGCUAGUGCUGAAGCAAAAUUGGCAAAGGUAGCGUUAACAACAAUAUCAUUAUGGUUUAUGGCUUGGACACCAUAUUUGGUAAUAAAUUAUAUGGGUAUUUUUGGUUCAAAAAUCAGUCCACUUUUUACUAUUUGGGGAUCUCUCUUUGCUAAAACCAAUGCAAUAUAUAAUCCUAUUGUUUAUGGAAUAAGUCAUCCAAAAUAUAGAGCAGCGUUAAAAGAAAAAUUACCAUGUCUUGUGUGUGGAUCAACAGAAGAACCAGCAGCAGCUGCAGCAACUGCAACAAAUGCUGAAACAUCUUCUACCACAACGGCGAGUGGAAAAGCAUAAUUUUUUUCUUUAUUAUUAAUAUUAUUUAGUUUUCUUCUUAAAAAGUAUGAAAUUAAAUUUUUCGAAAUUUCAUAUGUUAUUAUCUAAUUUGAUGUGCUUGUGUAAAAUAUGGAAAUAAAUAAUUUAGCGCAUAA